GUAUUUAGCAUCCUCAUUUAAUUGGAAAUGUAGAACUUUAAUAAUGUGAUUGAUUAUCUAAAGGGAGAAGUAUUAAUCGAGAAGAGGAAUGGAAAAAGGAAAGACAAGAAUAUCAAGUAAUUAUUUUUUUUAUGAAACAGACUGCGAUAAUUGAAUUGAAA